AUGUCACCAAAGACAGUUGAAGAAUUUGUUCCCCCCACUGAUGAAAUAAGAGACAAAAUUGUUACUCAAGUGGAAUUUUAUUUUUCUGAUGCCAAUGUCUUGAAGGAUGCCUUUCUGCUGAAACAUAUUCGUAGAAACAAAAUGGGGUACGUCAGCAUCAAGUUGAUUACGUCCUUCAAGAAAGUGAAAACGCUCACAAAGGAUUAUAGAGUUGUUGCUCAUAGUUUGAAACAUUCCAAAAAGUUAGAGGUGAACGAAGAAGGGACAAAGGUUCGUCGAAUUGAUCCUCUUCCAGAUUAUGAUGAAACUACACCUUCCAGAACAGUGGUGGCAGUAAAUCUACCCAUGGAAAACCCUUCCAUUGAAUCUGUGGCUGAACUUUUCUCAAAAUGUGGUGACAUUGUUUUAAUUCGGAUCUUAAAGCCAGGAAAACCUGUCCCCCCAGAUAUAAAGAAGCAUGCCCACAAACAUCCUGAGAUUGAUACUGCUACGUGUGCCAUUGUGGAGUUUGAGAAACACGAGAGUGCCAAGAAAUGUGCUGAUACUAUGACAGACAAGAAUGACUGGAGGAAUGGCUUAAGAGUUAUGGUUCUUGCGGUGAAAAAGAAGAAGGAUGAAGAAAAAGAGAAAGGUGAAUGUCAUGGGGAUGGGAGUGACGACAACAAGAAGCAACGAAAACGCGGUGGUAGAAAGAAGAAGUUAAGAAUUGAUGAACUUGCCAAAGAAAAUGAUUCGUCUAACUGUAGCAGUGGUUCUGAGGGAGAAAGCUCAAAUACUAAAGCUUCGUCUCUCAGUCCACGUACACCUGACUUUGAUUCUAAUCGUCUCAGUCCGAAAUCUUCUCCACGAACUAGUCCAAGGAACAGUCCUCACAAUCACAGACGCAAGAUUGGCCAUGGCAAGUCUCCAUUAGCUGACGAGAAUAAAUUCAGCCCAAGAAGUAGCCCAGAGAUGGAUCGCAAGAGAAUUGAUUCGUUUGGAUCUACUGGGACACCUUCAAGUCCAUGGGUGAAACGUCGACUCCAAGCUGCUAAGGAGAUGCAAGAUAAUGGAAGCCCAGCAGUGAGUCCACAUAUGGGUCGAAGAAAUUUUGAUGGAAGCGUGGUGACCGGAUUGUCUCCAAGAAUGUUGGACAUGACAAACGUGAUUCGUCAGCCUCGAGGACCGGACGGUUCGAAAGGUUUUUAUGGUGGAAUCGGCCGUGGAAAGCCCAGGAGCCAUACUGUAGCGUAA